UUAAAGAGAAAAUAAGUCAAAAUUACAGAGAAAAAAUGCUGCUGCUCUGCGAGGCUGCGACAAAGACAAUCUCGAUGCCUCGCCUUUGUAUCCGUAUAUAAACCCCCCAGAAUUGUCGCCUACCCGAUGCCAUUUGCACCUCAAUCCUCUCUUCCCUCCCUCGAUUUCCCCCCUUCUCUCUCUCUUUCAUACCUUCUUCCGUCGCCGGUGCUGUUUCCGGCCGCCGUUAGCUUCUGAGUGGUCGUCCUCAGGGAUGUUUGUGUGGAAUAAUAGCAUGCCAUGGUGAUAUGCCUUUGAAUGACCAAGAAUUUGAUUGUUUUAUUAAGGACGUAAGUUUUAAUAUUAUGUGGUCAUUGAUUUCUGAAGCAUUCUUUUGAAGAACUUGGUGACUAUUCAGUUCUUUGAUGAAUAACUCAUGACUUCUUUUGGCAAAUGAUUGGAUUGAGAGUCUAUUCUUUCAGUUUCUUUUGAAAGCUAUACCUGACAAGCAGAGAUGAGCGUGGUAGGUUUCGAUAUUGGAAAUGAGAAUUGUGUUAUUGCUGUGUCGAGGCAACGAGGUAUCGAUGUUCUUCUAAAUGAAGAAUCACAACGAGAAACCCCGGCCGUAAUAUGUUUCGGGGAAAAGCAGCGGUUCUUGGGGUCAGCAGGUGCUGCUUCUGCAACAAUGAACCCGAGAUCCACAAUAUCGCAGGUAAAGAGAUUGAUCGGACGUAACUAUGGUGACCCAGAUGUUCAAAAGGAUCUCGAAACGCUUCCUUUCGAAACAUCUCCAGCCCUCGAUGGCAGCAUAUUGGUUCACGUGAAAUACUUAGGGGAGACUCAUACAUUUACUCCAGUUCAGAUCAUGGCAAUGCUCUUUGCACAUUUGAGAGAUGUAGCUGAGAAAAACUUGGGAGCGCCAUUUUCAGACUGCGUUAUCGGUAUUCCAUCGUAUUUUACGGAUUUACAAAGACGUUUAUAUUCGAACGCUGCUGCUAUUGCUGGUUUAAAGCCUUUGAGACUCAUGCAUGACUGUACUGCAACAGCACUUAGCUACGGGAUUUAUAAAGCAGAUGUCUCAAAUAAAGGUCCAAUAUAUGUUGCCUUUGUUGAUAUUGGUCAUUGUGAUACUCAGGUCUCUAUUGUAUCGUUCCAGCCCGGACAUAUGAGUAUCAUGUCGCAUACAUUUGAUAGCGAUUUGGGAGGUCGAGACUUUGAUGAGCUUUUAUUCAGCCAUUUUGUUGCAGAGUUUAAGAAGAAUUACGAUAUCGAUGUAAACUCAAACGUCAAGGCUUCUAUCAGAUUGCGGGCGGCUUGUGAGAAGCUGAAGAAUGUUCUGAGUGCAAACUUAGAGGCACCUCUUAAUAUUGAAUGCCUGAUGGAUGAGAAGGACGUUAAGGGGUUUAUCAAAAGAGAAGAGUUUGAAAAGCUUGCUGCUGGGUUAUUGGAGAGGAUUAGUGUUCCUUGUACAAGAGCCUUAGCUGAUGCAGGGUUAACUGUGGGAAGAAUCCAUUCGGUUGAACUUGUUGGAUCGGGGUCGAGGAUCCCUGCGAUAACGAGGUUAUUGGCUUCUGUUUUUAAGAAAGAACCGAGUCGUAAACUUAAUGCUAGUGAAUGUGUAGCUCGUGGUUGUGCUCUACAGUGUGCGAUGCUUAGCCCCGAUUUCCGGGUUAGAGAAUAUGAGGUUCAGGAUUCAUCCCCUUUCUCCAUUGGCUUCUCAUCAGACGCAGGACCAAUUAGCUUGGGCUCAAAUAAUGUUCUAUUUCCCAAAGGCCAACACAUUCCAAGCACUAAAGUUCUCUCAUUCCACCGCAACAGCUUGUUCCAUUUAGAAGCAUUCUACACUAAUCUGGAUGAUCUACCUCCUGGCAUGUCUUCAAAAAUUGGUUGUUUUACAAUUGGUCCUGUCCAAGGCUCAAACAACUCGAACUCGAACGCGAGGAUUAAAGUUAGAGUUCAGUUAAAUUUGAACGGCAUCGUUACGGUUGAAUCAGCUACGCUUGUAGAGGAUAAUGUAGAUGAACAAAUACCAACGAGAGACGCUACUCACUCGAAUACAGAGAACAUGGAGACCGAGUUUGUCGAUUCUUCCCAUUCGAAGUGUGAUGUUUCAAGAAAAGUUAGGAGUACAAGGAGGAUUGACAUACCAGUUAGUGAACACAUAUAUGGUGGAAUGACAAAGGCUGAGCUCUCAGAAGCCCAACAAAGAGAGCUCCAAUUGGCUCAAAUGGACAAGAACAUGGAACAAGCCAAAAAUGAGAAGAAUGCUUUGGAGUCAUACGUCUAUGAGAUGAGGAAUAAGCUUUUCAACACGUAUCGGAGUUUCGCUAGUGAUCAAGAGCGAGAAGGAAUCUUCUCAAGUCUCCAGCAAACCGAGGAGUGGCUAUACGAGGAUGGAGACGAUGAGACAGAGAGUGCUUAUGCUUCUAAGUUAGAUGACCUUAAGAAGUUGGUGGAUCCUGUAAUUAACCGAUACGAAGACGAGGAAGCUAGAGCACAAGCUAAAAAGCAUCUGUUAAAGCGUAUUUCCGAUUAUAGGAACUCUGGGGAUUCAAUUUCUCCUCACGUUCGAGCUUCGAUCCUUGAGGAGUGUGACAGAGCAGAGCAAUGGCUAACAGAGACAAGCCAACAGCAAGAGUUGUUACCAAAAAACACAGACCCUUUACUAUGGUCAAGCGAGAUCAGAACUCGAGAAGACGAUUUUGACAAGACAUGCCAAAGGAUCUUGGGACAACCUGUGUCUUCUCAUACACAUUCAGGCGAUUCAGAGGAACCAAACCAUCACAAUUCUUCUGAUAAUCACUCUUAAAAGGCAACAUUAGUUUCUCUUUAGAUUAAUCAAAGGUUAUGAUCAUAUCCAGAAUGAAGAUGAGGUGAAAGAGUAGUGCCACUGCAGCUGAUGACAGGUUCAAGUACUUUGACCAAUCAGCCAUGUUGUCUUCUGAUAUGUCUCAUUCUAAUGAGGGCUGUCUCUCAAUUUUGCAACUAUUUGAAGGCAACCCUUGUUGAAUUAUUGCGUUUCUAUUCAUUGUCUGUUUUGAGAUUUCUUAUCAUAUGUGAUCUGACAUGUAUAUAUACAUUCCAUGGUUAUCAUGAAUCACACAGGAAAAGGGGAUGGUUUCAGCUUCACUUUCCAGAC